AUGGAAGUUGAUGUGGGUGCAUCGCGGCCGUUUGAUUCAUUUGAGCACCACGAAAUUGGAACGUUAAUAUACAUGAAAGAUGAAUUCAUGGCACCUACGCUUCCGAACGGUGUGGAGAUUAAGUUCGAGCAAAUCAUAGCUCUCGCUGGGGACUUUUAUGGAUUGCCCAAACACCCAAUUAUUGAUCCAUUCAAAGGAGAAGGAGAGGAUUCCGGUCGUGACCAGCGCUUCCGAAAUGCAUACGAAACUCUGGCACAUGCACCAAGGGAUGAAUUACAGAAAGAGUUGAACAAGCUGUUGGCUACUUUAGAGAAGGAGAUUGAAGAGGGAAGAACCGUUGAUGCGAAAACAUGGGACGAAAUCACCGGUGGUAAAUGGUUCUUUGGCCUUCCGGUGAGAGACGGAAGGAUGUUACAGUUGACUGAGAAUAAUCACGACCAUUUUCUUCCUCAUGCAAAAGAGGCAUACCUGGUUGGUCAUCAGUUGGCAACAGAAAAAGCACGAGAAACCAGUCAAUAUCCACAAGAUCCUACACUGAGGAAGAAACUCCUCCAUGAAGCAUUUUCAAUGGAAGCAUUUGCUUGUCACUUCCUUACUGACAGCUUUGCUAGUGGCCAUAUAAGGUAAGAAAAAUAAAGUUACUAUAGAUCAUCAUAGUGUUUUUAACUAUCGGGACCGACCGUUUUUCUUCGGUUGGUUUGGGUUUUUGUGUUAUAGAUCUGAAAAGACCGUUUUGGGUUGGUUUGGUUGAUCAACCUUUUCAUCCAGCUCAGAAAUUGUUGUCCUCUGAUAUUUUUGCGAUCAUCAAUUUUCAAGUGUUGCGUCAUUUUUCCUCGAAUUUUGCGAUAAGUGUUCGCGUGGGUCGCCGCGAAAACAGUCUUUUAAAAAAGCAAAGAUGGCAGUUCAUAAAUAAACCUAACAAAGAAACGAUAUUUUAAAAGUAAAAAUAUAGCCACUACUACAAAGAUUUAAAUACUUUACUAAGACAUGCAAGGUUCAGGUCUUAUCUCAGUCUCCUAAAACAUUGUGGCUACAUAUUCGGAUUCAUCAUCUGAUUAUUCGUCAGACUGAAACGUAUUUUACACCAAGUUGUUGUAGAAGAACCGCAGCAACCACUCUGUCUUCCGUCAGGUUGACAACCUUGGCAACAGAAGUCGAGAAAGCCUGGAAUCGACUAUACCUAAUCACAACCGCAAUUCAACCUACUGAAAACGGUUGGAGGAGUGUCCUAUUGGGAACUCCAAUACUCAAAAAUCGGUUUUAAUUGAAACGGUUGUUCCUAAUAAAACACGACCCUAUACUAAUGCAUGUCCCAAGGAUUGUCUUCUACGGAAUCACUAACUUUCCUGUUCUCUACGGGCCUUCUCAUCGACUGUCGGAAAAAAUGUGUACGCGACAAUCCCGAAAGGUAAUAUGGGAUAUGAUCAAUACACUGUUCCUGAAACUCUAGCUGUCGAAUUUACUUUUGUUGUUUUCCUUUAUUUUCUCUUGCUUGGCCUGAAUCUGCCUGGCGGAGGCCGUGAAAUUGGGUGCAAUGAUUAACUUUGCAAGGGUUACUUCUGUUUACAGGACGCCAAGAGUUGAACUGGGAAAGGCGACAACUCUAGGAAAAGAUGGCCAUUUAUUAUGUAAGUACAUGCACGACGAGGACAACAAAUAUGUUCUGCGCGUGACAAAUCUAAGGGGUGAUAAAUGGAUUGCAUAUGGUGAUGGUAUGCUUCUGGAAGAAAAGAGCAAAGAUAAUUUAAAGGUAGCAGCAGAAGCUGUGCAGAAAUCAGUUGAUCAAGUCUACGAGGCCUACACAAAUCCUUCCGGAUCUCUUGGUCCCUCUCAGGUAACCGACCUGAUACCUUUUGUUGAUCAGGAGGAAAGAAACAAUUCUCCAAUGUUUCAGAUGAUAGAUGGGAAGCUUCUCAGAAGAUCAAACUUGAACGAUCUCCAGGGUACUACUACAACUGCCAGUUGGUGGGGACCAACAACAGUGGCAAUGCUACAGGUUUACAAACCUGAAAACUCUGCUAUAUAG